AUGCUAAGCUCUUGGAUCCGAGCUCAGCUCAAUCCAGGUUUUCUAAAUACUUCAAGACAACAAGAACAAGAGCAUCAUGUGAAUUUAAGAGUUCCUGAAUCACCAGCGCUUCCGCGUGGCAUGGACGAAUCUGGCCGUGGUGUCUCUAAAGUUGCUACUGACGAGAACGAUGAGGAGGAUCUCACUCUCCAGGACUUGUUUCCUACAAACCCAAAUAUGUUACUUCCGCAUUUGAGACCAAUCAUGCCAGCUGCAGACAAUACUGUAGCUGUUGCUUCUGUCAUCACUCUCAAUGCGUUGUUUGGACUUUCAUUGAUGUGUCGCCGUGUUCCUCGCUUCGGUGAGCUGCCUGUCAUGAGCCGUAUCUAUCUGCUUUCUAGAAAGGCCAUUGGUCUGCUAAUGUUCACAGCAUCUGCCAUUGAGGGUAUGCGAUGCGGCAUUUCGUACGACCCUUGGUACGAGGAGGCCCGCGAGUGGCGUGAAUGGGCCAUCAGAAACGGUGACAAUCCAGGAUGGUGGUUUGGUGCCAUUCAAUGGUACGAGCCUAUGUCCAAGGACUACUGGAUGGCCCUUCUUAACAAAAGGGUGCUGAACAUGCGUUUGGCCAGAAGAGUUGCUCAGAGACCAACACCAGGCGUCUACAUGUCCGAUAGAGGAGACGGCAUUGGCGUCCGUUACGAAUUGCCUAACUGGAACGACUUUGUGGGUAUUUACGAGGAAAUGAGGACCCGCAACGAGGAGAUCCAGGCAAGACAGUUGGGCAAAGAUUUCAAGAAUGUCACAGAGCUCAACAAAGCCGAAAGAGAAGAUAAAAGGCUCGAAAGAGAGAUUGCAGAGGAGAAAGCGCUCGCUGAGGAAGGUUACGAGUACGAGCUGCCUCGUAGAACUGAGGUGAUCAAUUUCCCUGCGUCGCUCACGAAAAACCACUGGCUCGCCAGCGAUGACUACUUCGCCAAAGUGUGGACCCAAUGUGAUCCAUGGUGGGACUGA